GGUUGGGCGGUGCUUGUGCGCGGGAGCUGACUCCCUGGGUGAGCCGUGGCCACGGAAUCCUGCGGCGUGGAGCUCCGGGGAAAAGUCGGUCACCAUGGACCUGCGUCAGUUUCUUAUGUGCCUGUCCCUGUGCACGGCCUUUGCUUUGAGCAAGCCUACAGAAAAGAAGGACCGAGUACACCAUGAACCUCAGCUCAGCGACAAAGUUCACAACGAUGCUCAGAAUUUUGACUAUGACCAUGAUGCCUUCUUGGGAGCAGAAGAGGCAAAGAGUUUUGAUCAGCUGACACCAGAAGAGAGCAAGGAAAGGCUUGGAAUGAUUGUAGAUAAAAUAGACACCGAUAAAGAUGGGUUUGUGACGAAGGGGGAGCUGAAGUCCUGGAUUAAGCACGCCCAGAAGAAAUACAUAUAUGACAAUGUUGAAAACCAGUGGCAGGAGUUUGAUAUGAAUCAAGACGGCUUAAUCUCCUGGGAUGAGUACAGAAACGUGACUUAUGGCACUUACCUGGAUGAUCCAGACCCUGAUGACGGAUUUAAUUAUAAACAGAUGAUGGUUAGAGAUGAGCGGAGGUUCAGAAUGGCAGACAAAGAUGGAGACCUAAUUGCCACAAAGGAGGAGUUUACCGCUUUUCUGCACCCUGAGGAGUAUGACUACAUGAAAGACAUAGUCGUGCAGGAAACCAUGGAGGAUAUAGACAAGAAUGCUGAUGGUUUUAUUGAUCUAGAAGAGUAUAUUGGUGACAUGUAUAGUCAUGAUGGGAAUGCUGAUGAGCCAGAGUGGGUGAAGACAGAGCGGGAACAGUUCGUUGAGUUUCGAGAUAAGAACCGGGAUGGAAAGAUGGACAAGGAAGAGACCAAAGACUGGAUCCUCCCUUCAGACUAUGACCAUGCAGAGGCAGAAGCCAGGCAUCUAGUCUAUGAAUCAGACCAAAACAAGGAUGGCAAGCUCACCAAGGAGGAGAUUGUCGACAAGUAUGAUUUAUUUGUGGGCAGCCAGGCCACAGAUUUCGGGGAGGCCUUAGUACGACAUGAUGAGUUCUAAGCUGCAAACAGAGGAGCCUACAUUUCUUCAAAAGUAAUUUAUUUUUACAGGUCUGGUUUCACAUAAAAUUGUUUGCGCUACUGAGACUGUUAUUACAAACUUUUUAAGACGUGAAAAGGUAUAUCGAGAUAGUGAAAUCACCCGUCCCCAUUCCUCCUCCCUCUGAGGGGCUGGAAGGAACCCAUGCUUCUGAGGAACAACUCUGAUUAGUACACUUGUGUCUGUAGGUUUACACUUUGUAUAAUGUAUAACAUGGUGUGUUUAUUUUUGUAUUGUUCUCUAGUUGGGAGUAUAAUAUGAAGGAUGGAGAUCCUCAACCCACACUUGUAGGCAUACAUUAGCCAUUUACACUUUCUCAAUCCCUUACCACAUUUUUUUUUUAAUAAUUCUCACUUAACUAAUUUUUUUAAAGCCUAAGAUCAAUAAGAAAUGUUCAGGAGAGAAAAAGCAAAAGGAAAGCAUGUACUUCGUGAUUUACGUUCAGAGAGAGAAUGCUUCAUCUUGCUUGUUGAGAAGUCUCAUUUCAUGAGUAGCUGUUCAGUUGUCACAGGCCCAGCCACAGAGCCUGCCAUUGUCUGGGCAAGGACAGAGUCCUCCGCUGUAAGACAGCGUCACGCAGCUCCACUUCACUCUUCCCCUCAGGACUAGCUGUUUGCUAAUUUUGUCAAGCACAGCUGUGGUAGGAAGAAUUAGGGCCCAGUGUCUUGAAAAAUCAACCAAGUAGUGUGUAUGAUGUCUUCACAGGGCUAUUUCUAGCUCUUUCUAGAGCUGUUUCUAACCAGAAACAGCUGGAAAACAAAAAGAACAAAGUGUAUGCAGGGCAUGCAUCUCAUUCUUAGUGAAGUCACUACAAGGACCCAUCCAGCCCCUUUCUAAGUCUUAACCUUGGUUUUACUGCAGUUAAAAUUGAUUCUUUUCCAAUCAUGACAUUGAAAGUGCCUUUAACAGGAAAAAUGGUCACCGGAUGGGAAUUAGACUAAGAUAAACGAUUUGGGCACCUUACGUGAAAGCAUUGAACCUCCUGAUACAGAGGGGAUCCCCUCCCCGCUUUUUCUCUUGUGAACAGGAACUAAAUAGCAGUAUUAGUUAAAGCUUGGUUACAGUGUUCUUAUCUUGUGGGCUGGUUUCUAAAACCUCAUGCUGCUGAUUUGACCAGGGAUCCUCAUACCUCAGAAUGCAAACCACUCUUCUACCGGGCCUCUGUUUACCAGAGCUUGAGCUUUGCCUCAAGGAUAGAAGGCUGUACAGAGGGGCUCUUUGGUUUGAGGACCACUGCUCACCCUUCCUGUUGUUAACCUGUCACACCCCAUUUUAUCAUCUCCCUUUCUCUCUGACACACAAAGGUGGGGUAGGUGGGAGGGUCGUGGAUUAUUCUUAUUAAAAAACAAAAUCAUCUGUUACCAACCCCAUUUACCCAUCUUUGGUCUCUUACUGAUGGGCCUCUUAAGAAUUAUUGUAUUCCAAGUCUUUAACCCUCAGGUUACUAAGGUAAAUAUACAUCUGCACAGUCUUUAUUACUUCCUGUAUCUCUGAGUAAUACAUUCAGCUGGUGCUGGGUGAUGGUCAUAUCUGAACCUAGACCUCCCCGUUGGUCUUCCACAAUCCUGUUGAGGUGGGCUGCUUGGUGUGGUAAAAAGCCCAGUCGUGGUGUAACUUUACCUUGGCCGUUGCAUCAAGCUCUUGAUAGCAGAUACACUCUAAGGGUUUAGCCCCAGUAGAGGUGUAAUGAACACCACUCACUGCCUUCCAGAUCCUCAACUCUCCAUUGUUAAGGAGACCAGAGAUAAUUAAUGCCACCAACCCUGGCUUAGAAAGGGUACGUCAUACACUGUGGCAAGAGGGCAUUACAGAGCCUAACGCUGGCGUGAAAAUCAUGUACUUAGCCAGCAAGUGAGUCUUCGAGGGUGGCGUAGUCUGGACAGGGUGCUCAGCAUCGGGAACUGUGCUCUCAGGUCCAUGAGCUCCACAUAGUGGUGGGGUUUGGGUUUGGGUUUCUGGUUGAAAUCAAGUUUGAGGCAGUGAGCAGUGGUCUCAUGUCUAUAGAGUGUGCCCUGUGAAUGCUAAGCUCUCUUGAAUUUGAGUAUUGGUUCUUUUUUUUAUAGAGUGUAAACCAAGUUUUAUAUUCUGUAAUGCAAACAGGUACCUGUCUGUUUCUGAAUAAAACUGUUUACAUUCAUCAA